AUGGCAUCCCAUUACAAUUUCAAAAAGGUACAGGUCGUACCUUCGGCUUCAGAGUUUGUCGACAUUGUGCUGUCCAAAAUCAACAGAAAGACUCCAACUGUUGUUCAUCCAAGCUAUCAAAUCAGUCGUAUUCGUCAUUUCUAUAUGCGCAAGGUCAAGUUUGGACAAGACUGUUUUGAUGAAAAAUUGACACAGAUUUUGAGUGAUUUCCCUAAGUUGGAUGAAAUUCAUCCAUUUUAUGCAGAUUUGAUGAAUGUGCUGUAUGACAGGGAUCACUACAAACUGGCUCUUGCCCAAAUCAACACUGCCCGUCAUUUGAUUGACUCUGUCGCCAAGGAUUAUGCUCGUCUGCUAAAAUUCGGUGACUCUCUGUUUCGUUGCAAGCAGCUCAAAAAAGCAGCUCUUGGUCGAAUGGCUACCAUCAUGAAACGCCAAAAAGAUUCUCUUCAGUAUCUUGAGCAAGUCCGUCAGCAUUUAUCUCGUCUGCCAUCGAUUGAUCCCAACACCCGUACUCUGAUUAUUUGUGGCUAUCCAAAUGUUGGCAAGUCCAGUUUCAUGAACAAGGUCACCCGCGCAGAGGUUGAAGUCCAGCCAUAUGCAUUUACCACCAAGUCUCUUUUUGUUGGUCAUAUGGACUACAAAUAUCUUCGCUGGCAGGUAAUUGACACUCCAGGAAUUCUUGAUCACCCUCUGGAACAGCGCAACACUAUUGAGAUGCAAUCCAUCACUGCCAUGGCUCAUUUGCGUGCGUGCAUUCUAUUCUUUAUCGAUCUCUCAGAACAAUGCGGGUAUUCUGUUGCUGAGCAGUUUAAACUCUAUCAUUCAAUCAAACCUCUUUUUGCCAAUAAGCCCAUCAUGCUUGUUGUCAAUAAGAUUGAUAUUCGUAAACCAGAGGAUUUAGAUGCCGAAGAAAAGGCUAUGCUCGAUGAAGUUCUUUCUGCCGAAGAGGUUUCUCUUGUUCAGGUUAGCUGCUACACUGAAGAAGGUGUUAUGGAUGUCCGUAAUGCAUCCUGUGACAAGCUGCUAGCUUCACGUGUUGAGACCAAACUGAAGGGUACCAAGGUAUCUACCAUUGUCAACAAGCUUCAUCUAGCUCAGCCUGUGCAGCGUGACGAUAUUGUUCGUGCACCAUUUAUUCCAGAGGCUGCUAAAACCAAACUCAAGUACGACCCUGCUGAUCCUGACCGUCGUAAGCUGCAACGGGACAUUGAGGUUGAAAAUGGCGGUGCGGGAGUCUUUAAUGUUGAUAUCAAGGCUCCGUAUAUGCUUGCCAACGAUGACUGGAAGUAUGACGUAAUACCCGAAAUUAUGAACGGUAAAAACGUGGCAGACUUUAUUGAUCCAGAGAUCGAAGCCAAACUUGACGCACUUGAAAAGGAAGAGGAGCGCCUUAUUGCCGAAGGAUUUUACCAGUCUGACGAUGAGAUGGAUAACGAAGAGGACUUGGAGAUUCUUGAUGCUGCCAAACGUCUAAAUGCCAAAAAGCAAAUCAUUAUUGCUCAAAAUCGAGAACGCAAGAAUCGCAAUCGAUCUGUCCUUCCUAAAAAGAGCGUUGCCCGCUUAUCUCGCUUUGAAGAUUUUGAGCAGCAUCUUAGCAAAAUUGGAACUAAUGCUGACAUUGAAGGCAUGCGUUCACGCAGCCAAAUGCGUAAGCGUCCUCGCUCUGAAUCCACCAUGGCUGUUGAUGCAGCAUCACGUAGCCAAAGUCGUGCACCAUCUCGUGAUCGUAGCGUUAUGGGCUUGCGUGGUAUCAAACAAAAGGUUGAAGCAGAUAAUCUCAAGAAAAAAUCACAAAGACUGCCCAAUCUGUAUGCCAAACGUGGUGAAGGUGAUCGUGAAAUUUUGGUCAAGAAGCCAAAGCAUUUGUUUGCUGGAAAACGUGGCAUGGGAAAAACAGAUCGACGAUAAGAAACGGUAUUGUUUUUAUGAUUGGAAUUAUGGCGAGCAAUUGGCCAGCUGGGUUUAAGAAUAUAUAUUUUUAUGUUUCAAAAUGAACAAGAUUUUUGAUGUG